AAUAUAUACCAACAAAUGCCUUCUUGACAUUGACAAUGCAGUUUUUCAGUUAGGGAGGGAAAGCCACAGUGCACACACAGUAUACACAGAGUCAAAUUAAUUUGCAUCAUAACCAGCUAUGAUGGAAAUAUUGCCAUUCAAACCAGUUACAGCCAGGACUGAAUGUAUUGGGUUCAGAAAUUACUGAAAGGAUGAGCUAAUGACACAAGUGGUAAGCAGAAGGUGAAAACAAGGGUCUUGUGAUGGCGUCAAGUUUGAUAUCUGGAUGUCAUAUAAUGAGCGAUCUCCUGACCAUCCGUGAGAAAGGUGUGCUCUUCACUCUUCUCGGAUCUCAAUGUAAGCUGAUCAAAACUACAGUAGCACAGGUACUAGUGGCCAAAGAGACUGAGGGUGAGAGUCCAGGCUGGAGUCGUUUGGGUUGUGGUGCGGUGUGUCUCAUUGAGGAUGAGUCCCCUCACACCCACGUCCUGCGUCUGUACUGUGUCAAGCGUGCCAUGUUACUGUGGGAGCAGGAGCUGUACAUUCCAUUCAAGUACACUGCAACUCGCACAUUCUUCCACACGUUUCCUGCAGAUGGCCACCAGAUAGGCCUCAACUUUGCAAAUGAGACCGAGGCAGAAGAAUUUCAUCUGGCCGUGGAAGCUGUCCAAAGAAACCAAGAAAAAAUUACCUGGAUGAGUGAAAUAACAUGUGCUGAAAAGAGAAACCAGUCAACAAGUGAUCCAUCUGAUUCAGGAUAUAAGCCUCUUGACCCUUUUGACAAGAAGCAACAUUUUGUCAUGGACGCACCAGCCACAACAACCAGCAGUUUAGAUCCAGACUCCACUAUGAGAAGGCUGUUGAUGCAGUCAAGACUCAGUAUGGAAGACCUAAAAGACAAAGAAAUUGGUGAAGCUGUCGAUUGCAUCAUCAACCAAUUUGGAGGACUUAAGGCUGUGCAGGGAGAGCUGAAAAAAAUAGGCCCAGUAUCUCAGACAUUGCCAAGAGCUACAGGGGUGUCCAUCUCCCUUGCUUUGAAAAAAGGGCCUUUGCCACCGGUUCCCUCCAUCAAAGGCCGCAUCACCUCCCAGCGUACACAACAGUGCACAGACACACUAUGCCAGAGUCAGAUCCCACCUUGGAUUCCUCCUCCUCCAUCAGCUCCUGCUCCAGUUCUCUCAGAGAGGGUCAAAAAGAGUGCAAGUUUCACAUAUGUGGGCUCCUCAACAAGCGCAGAAAGUGGUGACCUCAUUCUCACUGCAUUGAGAGAAGUAUUCAAACAAAAGCAGCUGCUCCACCAAAGGAAAAACAUGGAUGGAAGUUAUAUAGACCCAGACAGUGAUGAGCACUUUUAAAGAAACUUUGGAAGAAACUA